AUGGCUCUUGAAGUAAUUGGUGGAAUAGCGAGCAUUCUUCAACUUGCCGGAACUGUCUACACGAUCUCAAAAACCCUCUACGAAGUGGGGGAAGCUUUAUCCAAUGCCCCUUCCGAUAUCAAGGAUUUAGCAAGAGACCUUGAAACCUUUUCAGAUGAGCUUCAUCUGUUAUCCACAUUACUUCACGGUAAAGAUGGUCGCUAUGCAGAUCAGGUGUACAGGCUUACAGCUAAAAUCAUUGGGGAUUGUGCGACGAUAUGCAUGAAAAUCGAUCGAAUCAUCAGAAAGUUAAGAAGCGGUAGUGUUUUGGCAAAAAUUAAAUGGUUGUAUAAAGAAAAGGAAAUCAUGAAGUUGUUGGCGAGACUUCGUGACUUAAAGUUAAGUCUGAUGGGUACAUUGAGUGUAUUGAGUGCACUAAGAGCCGAUAAUAUGAUGGACUCUUUGGAGACACGCAUGCAAGUGGAGGACACGAGACUGAAACUGGCAGGCAUGUCGAUGAAGGAUACUACUGAAGCCUCUUCUGGGUCAAAACCUACGUUACCAUCAAGCGCAUCUUUAGUUUUGGGGGGCUCAAGCUCUACUUUAAGUACAUCGGUUACAUCGGCAACCUAUGUUUGUCCCUCAACAGCUAGAAUACCCAGUACAACCGAUUUCUCUGCAUCUUCAUUCAUUUCAAUGGCAGUGGUGCCAAAUAGCAUGCCGCCAAUCCUAAACACACAAGCAAACCAGUCUGUAGAUUCCUUCCACAGCGCCUUAUCACAUCAAAAUCAAGACUCGUUAGAUGGCCGAAUGAAAGUGGAGAGCUUCCCCAAGCCAGAAGAUUCUAACCAUGUACCUGUGAUACCACAGUCUGUAAUGGUAUCAGAUAGACAUGACAAAGCUUCAUUUUCGGUAGAAGAGAGCCGUCAACUAGAUACUUCAAUAUCAAAAACUCUUAAGAGCUGGAGAAAUGAAAUGACUCUUUCAGCAAUGAGGCAUUUCAACAUGAACGUCGAAGAUGCUGAGGAAUGGGCAAACAAUUUGCCAAUUCCGAGCAAUCUUUCGGCAAUCACGGAGCCUACCGGUCCAGCGGAAAUUUUGUCACACCCACGAGUCGAAGACAAGCCUCAGGAAAUAGGGAGAGCCAGACUUAAAGCGGGCUUUAAAGAAGACCCAUCACCUUCGGAUGCUAACCAUCAAUCACCCAUCUUUACACCACCUGAAGCAUUCCGCUACAGCUCUUCUGGGCAACACUCUCCUGUGUUUCUCGACCACAGUUUCAUAGAGAGCGAUAGUCCUAAGAGUCGAAAUCAUCAAACUAACACGGUGUUGGGUUCUUCAAUGGGAGGGGAGACACAUUUUGGCGAUUUUUGCCAUGAUGGGCCUCGAACGGAGGAAGUCGAUGGCUACGAUGCAUCUCCCGCUUAUUCCCCAGCGAGCCCAGUCUACUAUUCCAUAGAAGCCGAUAGCUCUCCAAUACAGGCUGAUAAAACUUUAUUGUCUUUCACGGGAGGUAAAAAAUGUCCGAACAGCUCCAAAUUCAUGGACGAGUCUGCGGUCGUCCGCGAUUGGCUUCUUACAGAUGAGAAGAAGAUGACCUCGAGUUCACCCAAAUCUACCGUGUUGAAAAGCAAUGAUGUCAUAGAGAAUCAUGGUUACAAUACUAAUUUUACGGAACAAGCUAUUUCAUCCUCACAAGUUCAGUCAGAUUUUGGUCCUGUUAAUCUUGAUAUGCCAAGUGCACAAAUUAGACACACUGCUAUUCAACCCAAAAACCAGGAUCUUUCAAAACGUCUCCCUCAGAAGCUUGGGUUGACAAGUCAAGAAAUGCAGCUCAGACUUCUCGAGGACCAAAAUAAUAGGAGAUUAGAAAUGGCAAAACGGGAGCAGCAAAAUAGCUAUCAACAAUUUUUAGACAAAUCUCACCAGGCAAACUUAAGGAGUGCGCUUCCCAAACUAGACAUACCUGCCAAUGAACUCGCGUACCAGGACUAUCAGAGGCGAAUUUUACUUAUCGAGAAAGAUAAUAAAGAAAGGUUAACGAUGACACAACAGAAGCAGCAGAUUCGGAACUCGGUGUUACCAUCAACUUCAGUGAUACCAAAUUGCCAGUCUGAGACAUCCAUAGUUAACGAUAACUUCUUUGGUGGCAACCGAUCCGCCGAGUUAAAUCACUUUCCUUACUCAACAUCCAACUUGUUUGGUAUUCCGGCCCAGUUGAGACCUGUUGGCCUGAGAUUUGCUCAAUCUGAACAUGUUAGUCAAUUGAAUAACCCUAGUUGUCCUACUCCAAGUGUUGUAACUCAGGUAAAUCAAAACUUCACUGCGGCUCAAGCACUGGCUUCGCAUGAAACUUCACAGCAACACCAAAAGCCGCAGUCGUCUACUCAACAAGCUCAACCAAUCCAAAUGCAACAACAGCAACUACAAAAGCAUCAGCAGCAGCAGCAAAUGGCUUCGUUGUCUCCCCCUCGACGUCUCGGAGUUACUGAAAGAGUUACUGGGGUAGAUUUCGGACGCUGGCAUAAUGUUAAUGCCUGCCAAAGCAUGGAAAUCUCGGCUACCAUAUCACCGGGACUCUAUGAGCUUGGAACUGAAGAUCUGUUACCCAAAAGAGAGCCUAAAGAGAUUCACUUGCAAAGCCAAGUAUCACAAGAAACCUGUAAAAGAGAUAGACAGCCUUCUUAUCCGUCUAUAUCACCUUUUGGCAAGAGCGUACGUCGCGGACGUAUGGAAUUGCCUCCAGAUUAUCCUAAUGAUAUCUCGAGACAAGCUUUUAACUCAUUAAAAAGUGAUAAAUCGAAUAAUAUCUCUGCCUUCCAUUUCCAUAAUGAAGUUUCUAACAAGGGCCCAGGCGGACUUUGGGUCAGAGGUUUCAUAAAUGUUAAGUCAUUCGAUGCUGUCAUAUGGAGUAAUUUAAAACAGUACUUGAAUCGAGAGCGCGUUGACACUACCUCAGAAGCAGGAUCUGUUCCACUUUUUGCCAGUUUAGAUUGGUCUGCAAGUCUCUACAAAGAGAGGAUUGCUCUACUCCGUCAGAUGUUUCCGCGUGCUGCUAGCUCUAUCCAGAAAAUACUUGAUGUUCUAGCCGUGAUGGAAGAGACAAUCGGCCUUACAAUUGGAGCUAUCGCAUGGGCAUGUCUUCUGGGUGCCGUUGAGAACUUGCUUUCCCAUAGUACAAACUGGACAGUUGAUUACCAAAUCAGGAUUAUCACAGAAAUAAGCGAAAUUGUUAGCAUAAUCGCUCGAUAUACCGUCAUGGAGAAUAUAUAUACUCAGUGGACAGGAAUGACUCUUGAUAAAGACUACGAACAAUCUCUUAUCAACCUAUCCACUCGAGUUUUGUUCUAUUUCGGAGCUUUCGUUCCGAGUUUCUCAGAGAGUAGCACGAAUGCCAAUAUGAAGCCCUAUUUUGAGAAAAUCAUCGAAGCCGACACGGCAUGUCGCGGGUUCACGGUUAUCGUGAGCUCCAAGAGUACUGCCAUCGAUCGGAAACGCUCAUUUGAGGAUUCCUCGGAUGAUUCGGACGACACUGUCGAUUCCGACGGGACCAUCUUGGAAGUCGAUGGUAAUGAUGAAGUGGAUGACAUGCUAUCAUCAGCAAAGCGCAUUAAGAUAUAG